UGGCCCCAGCGCGGGGUUUCCAGGCGGUUACGUUGACAACACGGGCGGCCUCAGGGAAGCCGCGGGUGCUUUUCCCGCCUCGCAGGCUCUGCUUCCUUGCUUUGCAUGCGCUCGUGUAAGAUUUCAUCUCUCCCGCGUUAUAACGGAGCUCUGCAGCGACAGAGCCUCCUCUCCUCCAGCAGGGCUGCGUUUCAUUUUCUUUUGGGAAGAGCCGAUCGCAAGCCACCCUUGAAUCUGUCCACUGCAGAAGAGAGCAAGCUGUGUUGAAACGAGCUUCUGCCAUGAGAUGAGGUUCAGUAACUGAUAUAGUAAUCUGGACUUUGCACAGGAGGAGAAAAGCCUGACAUUCCUGAAAAUGGCAGCUGAGACAUCCACAGAAGUUCCAAAAACUGCUAGACAAUCCGUUCUUAAAGAAGAGGUAAUUGUAGAAAGAAAAUGGUUGAAGCUUGAAGAAACAACUUACACUGAUCCCUUUGGUAAAACGAGGACUUGGGAAACUGUAAAGCGUACUGGCAACAAAAAGGGUGUUUCAGCUGAUGGUGUAGCAGUGAUAGCAGUACUACAGAGAACUCUCCACUACGACUGCAUCGUCCUAGUGAAACAGUUCAGGCCCCCAAUUAACAGCUAUUGCUUGGAAUUUCCUGCAGGCCUCAUUGAGGAAAAUGAGACUGCAGAACGCGCUGCAUUGCGAGAGUUGGAGGAAGAAACUGGGUACAAGGGGGAAGUCAUUGAAUGUACUCCAGCUCUCUGCUUGGACCCAGGUUUGUCAAACAGCACGACACACAUUGUGAGUGUCACCAUUAACGGAGAUGAGGCUGAGAAUACAAGACCCAAGCAAAAACUUGAUGAUGGAGAAUUUGUGGAAGUUAUUUCACUUCCAAAGAAUGACCUACUGCAAAGAAUUGACGAACUAGUAGCAGAAGAACAUAUUGCAGUGGAUGCCAGGGUUUAUACUUACGCCUUGGCCCUGAAGCGUGCAGCAGAAAAACCGCUCCAAGUUCCUUUUAUGAAGUUCUAAAACUAGAUGAUGAGAAAUUUAGAUGAAAACUGCCCCAUUCAGAUGGCUUAGAAAUGUAACUUCUUGUACUAAAGGUCCGUUGCUUUACUUAUAGAGCAAACAAAAGUAUCUGUAGGAAUGAUUCUGAUCUUUUGAUCUGGAAAUAUGUGACCAACAAAAAGUAUUCCUUCUAGCUGCUCAGUCUAUCAAACCUUGACAGAAUAAUCAUAAUAAAAAUGCUGUCUAAUUUUCAGAAUGGCUCAUUUCUCACUGUAUUCAUCAUUGCGCUUAGGUUUCAGUAUAAGGAAGAUGUUUAAGUAACUGUAGUUGGUGUUCUAACACCACCUGUCCAAAAGGAGGAAGACCGCAGGAUGAGCGCGCUUCUCUCCUCCCCAGGCACAAGCAGCAGCAUUUCAACAACUACAGGUGAUUUUCUGCAACAAGAGCAGCAACAGCAGCACCAGGACACAGUGUGCAUGCUCUGGCUGCAGUGUUUGAAACAGCAUUUCAGGAAUUCCCUUCUAUGACAGAGAUGUUGCUUCUUUCUCCCAGCCCUAACAAACCGAUCUUGAAAGAGAAAAUUGGUUGGUUUGAUCUAAGAAAAUACAGACUCUGGCAGCGAUGAUGACAAUAUCAACAAAACAGCUACUGGUGCAAAGCAGAACAAACCAGGGGAUUCUGCUUAAGGUAUGGGCUUACUUACAUGCCCCAAGAUGGCACAGCCUUGCAGUUCACCCUCUCCCUAGGACCCAUCCCCGUCCCUGGGCUGCACCUUCGUUCAGUCUCCUCACCUCUGGGUAAAUCUUUUGCCAAACAAAACUUCAGUGGAUCUCCGCCCAGUCAACUGCUGCUAAUUACGUCAGCUACCACCACUGCUUAAAGGUUAGGAUCCAAGAGCUGCAAUAAACAUAUGCUAACAUCAAAGUCUUGACUCUGAAAUGAAUUUGGGAGAUAAACAUAAUUAGGAGGACACUCCUAGCUUAGAAAUGAAGCAGAGAACUUAAGCUUUUCUUACCUUCACAAGCAACACAAAGUUACUUUCAAGUGAAGCAUGAGAGAAAAUAGAUCAAAGUGUGAAAUCAAAGGGAAAAGUCAUUGAUUACAGCCAAACAGAAAAGUUCAACGUUUUUAAGGGGAGGAAUCUUGAGAUUUGUGUUUUGUUUUUUAAUUAAGGCUGCUAAAACCUGAUCAGAAUUAUAUUCUAGAAAGAUAAAGGAUAAAGAAGAAAAAAAGAGAGCC